UAUGUACGGAGAGCUGACAGACAAGAAGACCAUCGAUAAAGUCAGACAGACGUUCGACAAUUAUGAAUCUAACUGCUUUGAAAUCCUGCUGUACAGAAAGAACAGAAGUCCUGUUUGGUUCUACAUGCAAGUGGCUCCCAUCAGGAAUGAGAAUGACAAGGUGGUGCUGUUCCUCUGCACUUUUAAGGACAUUACCCUCUUCAAGCAGCCCAUCGAAGAUGAAACUACUAAAGGAUGGACCAAAUUUGCACGGCUCACACGUGCACUCACCAACAACCGCAACACCCUACAGCAACUGGCGCCUAUUGGCAAACAUGAAGUCAGCCAUAAACAGUCCAGACUGGCUGAGGUUUUGCAGCUAAACUCUGACAUCCUCCCGCAGUACAAGCAGGAAGCCCCCAAGACACCACCUCACAUAAUACUUCACUACUGCACCUUCAAGACCACUUGGGACUGGGUCAUCCUCAUCCUCACCUUCUACACGGCCAUCAUGGUGCCCUACAAUGUCUCUUUUAAGACCAAGCAGAACAACAUUGUUUGGCUGGUGCUAGACAGCGUAGUCGACGUCAUCUUCCUGGUGGAUAUCGUUCUCAACUUCCACACCACCUUCGUGGGGCCCGGUGGAGAGGUGAUCUCUGACCCCAAACUCAUUCGGAUGAACUAUCUGAAGACUUGGUUCGUCAUCGACCUGCUGUCGUGCCUGCCCUAUGACAUCAUCAAUGCCUUUGAGAAUGUGGAUGAGGGCAUCAGUAGCCUGUUCAGCUCUCUGAAGGUGGUCCGCCUGCUGCGUCUGGGCCGGGUGGCCAGAAAAUUGGACCACUACCUGGAGUAUGGUGCUGCUGUUCUGGUCCUCCUGGUCUGCGUGUUUGGACUGGUGGCCCACUGGCUUGCCUGCAUCUGGUACAGCAUCGGAGACUACGAAGUUAUCGAUGAAGCCACCAACACCAUCAAGAUGGACAGUUGGCUUUAUCAGCUGGCUAUCAGCAUUGGAUCGCCUUACCAAUACAACGCCAGCGGUUCUGGAGAAUGGGAGGGCGGCCCUGGCAAGGAUUCUCUGUACAUCACGUCCCUGUAUUUCACCAUGACCAGCUUGACGACCAUUGGAUUUGGAAACAUUGCCCCCACCACAGACGGAGAGAAGAUCUUCUCUGUGGCCAUGAUGAUGGUGGGAUCUCUGCUCUAUGCCACCAUCUUUGGAAAUGUGACCACGAUUUUCCAGCAGAUGUAUGCCAACACCAAUCGCUACCAUGAGAUGCUCAACAAUGUCAGGGAUUUCCUGAAACUCUACCAAGUUCCCAAGGGUCUAAGUGAGAGGGUGAUGGACUACAUCGUCUCCACCUGGUCCAUGACCAAAGGCAUCGACACUGAAAAGGUCUUAUCCAUCUGUCCCAAGGACAUGCGGGCCGACAUCUGCGUCCAUCUCAACAGGAAGGUGUUCAACGAACAUCCAGCAUUCAGGUUAGCUAGUGAUGGCUGCCUGCGCUCACUGGCAGUCGAGUUUCAGACCACCCACUGCGCUCCAGGAGACCUGAUCUUUCACGCCGGGGAGAGCGUUGACACCCUCUGUUUCGUGGUGUCGGGGUCACUGGAGGUCAUCCAGGACGACGAAGUCAUUGCCAUCUUAGGAAAAGGUGACGUGUUCGGAGAUGUCUUUUGGAAAGAGACGACUCUUGCACAUGCGUGUGCAAAUGUUAGAGCGCUUACCUACUGUGACCUCCACGUCAUCAAGAGGGAAGCUUUGCUCAAAGUUUUGGAGUUUUACAGUUCCUUCGCCAACUCUUUCUCCCGCAACCUCAUCCUCACCUGUAACUUGCGCAAGCGGAUAAUUUUCCGCAAGAUCAGUGAGGUGAAGAAGGAGGAGGAGGAGAGACAGCGAGCGAAGAACGAGGUACAGCUCACCAUCCCACAGGACCAUCCUGUCCGGAAGCUUUUCCAGAAGUUCAAGCAGCAGAAGGAGCUCCGCAACCAAGGAGCCGCAGCUGCCUCGCAACUAGACCUGGAGAAGAACCAGCUGCAGGUGGAGCACCACCAGCACCUGCAUCCCCACACCCUGCAGCUCGGCCACUCCAGUCUGCAGCACUCCCUGCCGCUCACCCUGCAGCGGCCCCUCACCUCCAUGCAGAACGGGGCUCCACCCAGCAGCAGCGUUCUGACUGUGUCUCAGGUCACACCCAUGCAGAGCUCUCUGGCUUACGGCCAUCCCAGCGAGGCACCUGCAAAGCAGAACAACUGUGACAUCAUGGAGCUGCAGCCCAGUUCUGCUGGAGGGGGCAGCGAGCAAACUGUCAGGCUCAAAGUCAGCACCAGCCCUGCGCUUGGAAAGCCGGCCGCCAAGGCGAGUGGCUGGAUGCGCCUCAAAAACAACAUGGCCCCGGCGGAGACGAGGAAGGAGGGUCUUAACAACAAUGUCAAGGCUGUUUCCGUGGAGAUGCUCUCUCAGGACGGUAAAGGUCGGGAAACAGGGGGGAGCAGGGACGGAGAGGAAGGUGGGGUCUCCAGCAACAACCCACUUCGCAAGACGGACUCCUGUGACAGUGGAAUCACUAAGAGCGAGCUGCGCAUCGACCGGGCAGGGGAGCCGCGGACCCCAGCGGCAGUUACCCCACUUCUCCACAGCCCUCUUCCCGGAGGAGUAGGGUCCCCUCACUCUUUCUGCCCCAUACCGGAACAGGCCCUGCAGGCUGCAUUGCACGAGACCCGGAUGGAGCUCCGGGGGGACAUCCAGACUCUGGGAGGCCGUCUGGGCGCCCUGGAGAGUCAGGUAGCUGAAAUUAUCAAACUGCUGUCGGAUAAGAGACAGCCGUCCACGGGGGCGCCACCUGCCUCCGCCACACCCAAAACCAAAAUACAACGGCAAGACAUUUUCACCGUCUCCAGGCCCGUUUCUCCAGACUCAGAGAAAGACGACGGGCUCUGAAGAGAGCUGAACCAGCGGUGCAGAGUGCGCAUUGGACUAACAGAGAUUAUAUUAACAUUAGCUCUAUCAAUUCAAGGUUACUCUCAUUUUUGGGCAUCCUCGUGGACUCUCGUACACCGCUGGUCUCAAUUCCAAAUUGAAAAACAAAAACUGGCUUCUUGUUUGCACACUGAUUUUUUUUUGUCUCCAGGUGAUGUGAGAGUCUUUACUCUCCAGUCGCCCGGACUCUGUUUUCUUUUUGAUUGUACAUACCUCUCUAUGCAUGUCCAGCUGGAUUCUGGCCUGCCAAAGAAACAACUACUAAACGUACUUAUUGCCUGUAUAUUAUGCAGUUGACUGCAUGCAAAUAAGAUUCAAAGAGACAUUUUAUUGAGCUACACUGUACAUAUAAAUAUUUUUCAUUGAUGAAUUUACUAUGUGGACAUUCAGGGUUUGCAUACUAGUAGCACUAUAAACAUUGAAUAUCUCAAAGGGUUUACAGGCAGAUGGAUUGUGCAUGGAUUAUUUAUACAUAGAGAAGUUAUAAGGGGACAGAGGUUUUGUUUCAUUUCUUUUGCCUGUCAGAUGAAGCAGAUGUGUGAUUCUGUUCUCACGCCACAGAGAUGCUCGGAUGUGAGGAUCAGCAUCUGUUAAAACAGGGAGGGGAAUUUCUGAUAUGUUUUUCUAAUAUAUAUAUAUAUAUAUAAUAAUAAUAAUAAUGAUCGUUGAUUUCUAUUUUUGAUUACAGAAAUGCCCUUGGCCUCAGUUUGAUAUCUGGUAAACCCUGAAAACUGCUUGUUUUGUUUGAGCCCUCCUUGUGUCUAUGCAUCACUCGGGUACGCUGCCAGAAUAUUGUACCUUUGUAAUCUCGUUAAUGAAUGAUGUUUUUUGUUUCGUUUUCUUUGGGGUCUUUUGUUCCAUUCCUCUGCAUGAAUCAGGGAUGGCAGAAUGCACUUUUGGGUAAAGUUGGGGUGACAAGAAGGCUUUGGGGAAAUAACACAGUUCACGCAAAAGUCCACUCAGCACAGUGACAUGUAAUCCCACGGCCCCAGCAACACACACGGCAGUCUUAACCAGCUAGCGUCUCUCUGAAGUCGGCUCUGAAUUCCAUUAAGCAGCAACAGCUUUGCCUCAAAGCUAGCAAGUCAUCAAAAUGGAAUAGCGUACUUUCUAUGAUAUAAUUUUUUGUAAAAAAUCUGCAUGUGAAGGAGCAGUUUUAUGCUCCGCAGUGCUUACAAAUACACGUGUGAGAAGUGACACAUUUGCUUCGUGCAUACACAUGCAGUGUGAAGGCGUCUCGUGGCGUGAACCCUGAAGGCUCGCAAAGACCUUUUCUUCACACAAGGCAGAUCAGUUGGUUUGUCAGGAGUCACAGUCUUUUCAGGUCCUCUGUGAAUUGGACAAUGUCCCUCCUCCUACCAGCGCUCAUUCCCUGAAAAAAAAAAACACACACACACUCUCAGAAUCAUAUUUAAUAAGACAAUGAUAAGAACACAAAUGUACAGUAGCCAUCAUGAAAGUUUUAUAAACAUUUAAUUAUUUUCUGGUGGUUAUAUCAAAUGAAUAGCUGAAUGAAUAGUAAGUUAAAUAGUUAACAGUAGUAAAUAUGCCAAAAAGUAAAGAAUUAGAUUCAAAACUGAGGAUUUUGCAGUUUGUCCUCUGCACAGUGAAUGGUUUGGUUUAAACACAAGAACCUGUUUUGAUGCUGCUGCAAAGUAUCUUCUAACAAGCACUUGGCGACAGUAGGAAGGAAAAACUCCCUUUUAGCAGGAAGAAACCUCUGGAUGUUGCUUCCUCUGCCCAGGGAGCGACAGCCAUCUGCUGCGACCAGUUGGGAGUGAAGGGAGGGCGACAGGACAAAAAAAGAGAUACUCCAUUAUAGGUUUUUGUCAAAAGAGUGGAUGGGUGUGGAAACUGCUUCUGCAAGAAAUCUAAUGACAUAAAAAGAAACACUUUUUAACCCUAUGCUAUAACCUUCCAAGCAUUCAGUCAAUCCAGGCUUUGUUGACCCAAGGUUUUCAAAUAGGGUUGAAAGGGAUUCAUGGUUAUGUCAUACAAGUUCUCUUGUAGAUGUCCUGCUGCUGAAGGCUAAAUCAGUCAUUAGAGGGAACCUGCAUGCAGUUAUUUCUAUAUCAUAUUAAAAUCAAUCCUCUCAAUAUUUAGCCUCGCUUUACAUCUUUGCUGAGCUUCUGAUAAGCAUAGAUAAUCUCUAUCAUCUCCCAUGUGAACAAAUAGGAGUACAAACCCUAAAGAUGUCUUCCAGGAGGCUGUUAGGAACAAGUCUUACCUCUUUGGAUUCACAUUAACCAGACUAAUGCGUCAUAUUGAACUUGAUUGACUAUCAGAAUGUCACACUGCUGAUCCAGGAAAUCUACAGACAAGACAAAUUAGUAGCUUAGGCAACACCAAGGAGAUACAUCUAAACGCAAGUUCCAAAGUCUAGAAAGUGGUGAAAUGUAAUCAAUUGUUACUCUAUGGAUGAAUGUACACUGCUUGACCAAUAGUGACCAAUAGAAUUCUAACAAAUCAGAACCUAGAUGCCUUUCAGUGGUGCUAUUGGCACCAUGUCUUCUUUCUGUUCUCACACCUCAUCUCUGCCCCCUUUGCGUGCCGUUAGGAUUCACAGCAGAAAUUUAAACCAUCAUGACUACACAAACUGAUCUAGUGACCAUUUUAAAAGACAUAUAUUGUGCUGUCUGAUCUUGACUGACACCCAUACUUGAAAAAGAAUAAAUUAAGGGAUGUUUUGCUAUAAUUUUAAUGAGCCCAGUUACAACUCUUGAUUUUUAUUCUGGAGAAACUUUUGGUGCAGCAAAAACGAAGCAUUUAUUCUGAAUGUUCCUGCCAUUUCUCGUGAUUACAGGUGUGAAGGCUCAUUCAGAUUCAUUUCUCUCCGUUCUCUACAGGCAGAAAAAUAAUGAGAAAUUAUAACUUUAUGAUGCUAAUUGGCAUAAAAUCACAGUAGUCCGAGUUAGACAUUAGAUUUCUGUCACGACAUGCUAAUCAAGUUGUUCAAUUUGGAAAGAAUACAGUUUUAAUGGCUGCAGUUAUGCAAAUGACAACUUUUAAUUUCAAUUGGAAAUUCAUCCUGUCAGCACAGGCCCAUUCCCUCUACCAACAUCUUUUUUUACACUCACACUUGGUCACUUGCCACGGUGGGCCAUAUACUCUGUGCUUCAGGCCGCUGAGCAGAUCCCCUGCUGGAAUCAGCAGCAAGUGCCUUGCUUAGGGGAAAUGCAGCAGCAUUUUCAGUCAACUUGGCUCCAGUGAUUGUUGCAGAAAUCAUCUUCAAUGAUGGCUCCCGAUGUAUGUGUGUAGUGCAAAACAUGCCAGUGUGCUUCACGUCACUUAACAGAGUCAAUAUCACGCAAAGCUAUUCAAACAAUUGAA